AUGGCAAUAGAAGGAAAAUCGAGCUUCAGGGAAGACCUAAAGGAGAAAGGAGUUGAAGCCCGUGUUCUCGGAUCGGAGGAGAGUUGCCAUCCAUUGAGAGACCAAACCACGGGGCUGAUAUGGGGCGUGGAUGAGAGGCUGGAGCCAACGAACUUGAAGGGCACAUUACCGUGUAACAGGGUCUAG